AUGAGUUCCUUUCUUACGACCGUCAACGCUCGGACGAAGAACCAGUUUCGGCCGCGGGGCCCCGGCAAAGGCGGCGCAACGAGUUACCAGCUUCGCCAGUAUGCAGAGGCUACGCUUGGUGGUGGCAGCUUGCGUAAGGUGGUGAAGUUGCCUGAGGGCGAGGACGAGAAUGAGUGGUUGGCUGUCAACAUGGUGGAUUUCUACAACCAGAUCAACCUGCUUUAUGGCGCCAUUACCGAAUUCUGCUCGCCGCAGUCAUGCCCCGAGAUGAAGGCCACGGACGAGUUCGAAUACUUGUGGCAGGACUCCGAAAACUACAAGCGACCGACAAAGAUGCCGGCACCGGCGUACAUUGAACAGCUGAUGUCUUGGGUUCAGGGCAGCAUUGACAACGAGGCUGUCCUGCCGAGUCGGAUCGGUGUGCCGUUCCCCAAGUCGUUCCCUGCGCUGGUGCGCCAAAUCUUCAAGCGCAUGUACCGUGUCUACGCCCAUAUCUACUGCCACCACUAUGCGGUCAUCCACGAGCUCGGCCUUGAGCCACACUUGAACACGAGUUUCAAGCAGUACGUGCUCUUCAUCGACGAGCACAGCCUUGCCAGUGGCAAGGACUACUGGGGCCCCUUAGGCGAUCUGGUCGAUAGCAUGCUGCUCACCAUGUUUUCGCGACAGGCAUUACUGCGCUCCGCGUGGGUGGCCGCUCCCCAGCGUGCUUUCCUCGGCCAGACCCGUACCUUUGCCGCAGCGCCUGCCAGCGACAAGGUCAAGCCCCCGGUCACCCUCUUCGGCCUCGACGGCACAUAUGCCACUGCUCUGUACACGGCCGCCGUCAAGACCUCCUCGCUCGAACCCACCGCCCGGGGCCUCGCCGCCCUCGGCAGCCUGAUCAAGAAGGACAGCCACCUCGUCACCAUCCUUGAGGCCCCGACACUGUCCGCCGCCGACAAGACCGCCGUCGUGACCGAGUUGCAGAAAAACGCCGGUGCCUCCGGCGAAACCGUCAAGAACUUCCUCACCACCCUGGCCGAGAACAACCGCCUUGGCCUCCUACCCGGUGUCUGCACCAAGUUCAACGAGCUCAUGAGCGCAGCUCGCGGCGAGGUUGAGUUGGUCGUUACUAGCGCGCAGCCCCUUGACAACCGGACUCUCUCUCGCCUUGAGGCUGCCGUCUCCAAGUCGAGCUACGUCGGCGCUGGCAAGAAGCUCAAGGUCAAGAACACCGUGAACCCCGACAUCGUCGGCGGUCUCGUCGUCGAGGUCGGCGACAGGACAAUUGACCUUAGCGUCUCGUCCAAGCUUGCCAAGCUCAACAAGCUGCUCACUGACACUCUGUAA